GAAGCCAAAACAGGAAGUGCUAUAGUAGACACAUUCACCAUGGAUGUUGAAGACAUACAUGUAGCAGCACAAACAAGGAAUGAACUACAAUCUGUUCUCAUGCAUAAAACCACUGAACAGGAUAAAGAUGAGCACAACCUUACACCUACAACAACACCUGAACCAGUGACUCUAAUCAGCAAUGGGAAAGUUCCAUAUGUAUCUCUUGAUCGUAUUGAGGCCUUGGACAAAAUAGCAAAGUACAAUGCAAAAUCAGGAGGAAAUAUAUUCACCAUACACUUAUCAAAUAUAAAGUUUGAUACUUUUACUAAAGGAAGACCAACAAAUGAACCCUGUGACAACUCAUUAACGGAGAGUUACAUAAUAGAUGAAACAUACAAACCCUGCAUGAUCAUGAAAGAAGAGAGUGGUACCUCAUUUAUCAAACAUGUUAAAAGUGAACCACAUUCAGCAGAUAUAUUCUCAAAUACUACAAGUGAGACAUGCGGUAUUGAAUGUCAGUCAAAAAACAGAAAUCCUAAUAAGGAGAACAUUAGUGAAAUAAAUGCAAUUAAGAAUGACCUGUUUGUGGAUUACAGCAUUAAAGGAGUAAAAGGUGAUCUGCUAACUGGUGAAAAGACUAAAGCCAAAACAGACAAUAAGACAUCCAUCACUACAAAUAUUCCAUACAUUCCAAUAUGUAUCCAAGAAGAAGACAAAAGUGACAUCAACCUCAAAGAUGUAUGUACAAGCAGUAUUGACAAAACAGACUAUCAGACAUCUGAUGAUACAAACAUUCCUGACAGAAUGGGUGACAUUCCAAUAUGUAUCAAAGAAGAGGAAAACAAUAGUAAUUUCAACCUCAAAGAUCUUACUGCAAAAACAGACUACCAGAUACCCAAAGCUAGUAACAUUCCAAACUCAAUUAAAGACAUUCAAAUGUGUAUUAAGUAUGAUGAAGAUAGUAGCACAAACCUCGAAGAUCUAAAUGAAAUCAGUGUUGAUCUCAAAGAAGAGAAGUAUAAUGAUAACAUCAACCUUAAAGAUGUAACUACAAGUAGUUUAGACAAAACAAACAGUCAGACAACCAAUACCACAAACAUUUCAGACUUACUGAGUUACGACUCAAUGUGUAUC